AUGGGUCCCUUCAAAGACACAUACAAAGUGCACAGCUCGAAACUUAACCUUUCCCCAAAGAAAAGCGAGUCGAAAUACAACAUCAAACCAAAGGAAAUAGUCUCGAAGGUCAAAUCCUCAAAAUUGUUAUCAAAGAUCAGGACACUUGCGAAGAGAGAAAAAGUACUCUAUGGACCAAGGACCUGGAUGGACCAUUGGAAAGACAAUGUUCCUGUCAUAUCGGCUUCCAAGGAGUUUUAUGGAGUUCCACAAGCUAUUAUCGAACUCUUGUGGACACAUGUCAUUGAAAGCGACGAGGAGGAGCUACAUUAUUAUAUAGAGCCAAGCCUGAUUGAGAGUAUGUAUCAUUAUGAUCACAGUAAAGACAGUUCAGAUUAUGUGUUCAAGGUUAAGAUGACUGGAGCUCGUACCUUAACGCGAAUCAAUCGCUUCUCUCGUUCACUUGCACUAAAGAAACUUUGUGGAACUCUUCCUAUCCUCUACAUGCCAUUUAGUGAUAUCGGAAUUUUUCGUUUCGAUCCGAAAAGAGACAUCAUUCACAUAUGGAAUUUUUACUUUCUCGCUGGCCAAAUGACCCCAACAUUUGGAAUGGGUGUACCGCUGGAUGAACAUCUUGCUCAGAGCUCUGCUAGAGAACUCUGGACAUAUCAUCCGAAAUUUCGUCAUGUCAGAAAGCGCUUUUGGAUAGCACGGCAAGCGAAAUACAUUUACUACCUCUUUAAACAACGCGAACAAUCCUUAGAAACCCGUCAAGUAGAUCGAAGCUCGAACGAAUUUCAUGAAAUGCACGAAUUGCAAGGCGGGGCAUGGCGUUUUUCUAACUCGAUACAGCAUCUUGUCAUUGAUUACACCUCCUUAUGUAAAUCUAUACUGGCCAUCCAUGAAACAAUGGACACGAUACAUACCAACACUCCUGGAGCCGGCACGAUGCCUGAAUUUACAGCUGAAUUUGGGCCCGUAUCAGAUUUCUUCAGAUUCUUGCGCGAAAUUGGUAAUGUCCGAUAUCUUCGCGUUGGAGACGAUAAAUGGCACAAACUUUCUGAUGAAGAACUAUUUAAUUCUUUGCUGGAGGGCCAAUCAGCCCUGCUUGAUUUAUAA